UAUCUUUCUUUAUGUUUUAUCCCCUCUCUAAAUAUUUCUGAUUCAUUUUAUAGAAGAUUUCAUAGUUAAUCUAGUCAUAGUCUGUCUUUUAAAAAAUCUAAAAUGAAUACUGAUUCUAUUAGCAUUCAUUCUAAUAUAAAUGCAGAAAUUUAUGAUAUUCCAAUGAAUGUACUUAUUCGACCUAUUCCUCCAAUUAUUAAUGAAGAAAAGGUUCAAAGUUUAAUAAAUGUAUUAAGCAAUCCUGAAACAGAAACAUUCGUACCACCAAUCGAUGUUUUAUGGAUUAAAGGAAGCGAAGGUAAUAAGAAUUUUCUUUUUUUUAUUCAUAACAUAUAUUAAAGAAAUAGCAAAGAAAAAUA